UACACUUCCGCCCUUUCCCGGAAGUGGGGUCCUCAAGGCGGGCGGGCGGCCGUUUCUGGCUGUAGAGGCCUCCGCACACCGUCGAGGCGGCCCUCCCCCGGACCUGAGGGAUCGGGAAGUGCCAACCCGACCCACGCCGCCGCUACUCCCGACUGCCGCUGUCCGCGGAGUCCCGGGGCUGGGAGGACUGCUGGUGCAUUCCUUCCUGUGCGCGGGCCGGCCGGGGUUCUCCGCCGCGGCUCGCUCCCGUUUCCGUAUCCGGCGUCUGGCGUUUCCGGGCAUGGCGAGGCCUGUCAGGGAGGGCGAAUUGCGAGUCUCCUGAUGCUGCUCUCUGGCCUUCAGCAGAGGGGGAGUUGCAUGUCCUCCUCCCACUAAGCCGCUCUUCCCAGCUGGUUGCCCUCCAUCCGUCUGACACAUGUCUACCUUACUCCUCAACUUGGACUUCGGCAAGCCUCCCCCUAAGAAGGGAUUUGAGGGUAAUGCCAAGCACCGAAGUUUUGUCAAGAAGCGGCGGCUUUUGGAACGGAGGGGUCUUCUGGCCAAGAAGAAUCAGCCCCCUAGCAAGGCACCUAAAGCUCGCUUGGAGGCAAAGCAGCAGAAGCAACAGCAGAAGCAACAGAAUGGCGACGCGGCCAGAGGGGAUGACUCGGGGAAGGCUGCCUCCCUCCCAAAAAAGAAGCCCACUGCUUCCAGCAGCACAGCUGAGCCAGCCCAGGACAGGACAGCUAAGGUGCCUUGGCUGACCCCGGGUCCUUCACAGAAGGCUGGUUCUGUGGUGGUGAAAGUGGAUCUCCUAGGGGAGUUCCAGAGCGCCCUUCCAAAGGUGAAGAACCGCCCGCCACGCUCCAAGAAGAAGGGCCCUCCGAAGCAACCUUCUCAGAAGAGCAGCUCACCACCUUCCACCCAAGGUCCCCCGGAGAGCAAGUGCCCUACCACACUCCAGAGGAUUCCGAGCAAAAUGGUGGCGAUUGACUGUGAGAUGGUGGGCACAGGGCCCAAGGGCCAUGUUAGUUCCUUGGCCCGCUGUAGCAUAGUCAGCUACGAGGGUGAUGUGCUCUACGAUGAGUAUAUCCGCCCACCCUGCCAGAUCGUGGAUUAUCGCACCAGGUGGAGUGGGAUCAAGAAGCAGCACAUGGUGAAUGCCACCCCCUUCAAGGUGGCACGGGGACAGAUCCUGAAACUCCUCACAGGGAAGAUAGUGGUGGGCCACGCUAUCCACAACGACUUCAAGGCCCUGCAGUACUUCCACCCCAAGAGCCUCACGCGGGAUACCUCUCGCAUCCCCCUACUCAACCGGAAGGCCGGCUCCCCGGAGAAUGCCACCAUGUCACUGAAAAACCUCACUAAGAUGCUGCUGAACCGGGACAUCCAGGCUGGGAAAAGUGGUCACUCCUCUGUGGAAGACGCCCAGGCCACCAUGGAGCUGUACAAAUUGGUUGAAGUUGAGUGGGAACAGCACCUGAUCCAGAAUCCCCCAAAAGACUAGUGACUCUGGGGCCCCUAGUGGUUGCAGGAGGCAAGGGCCUGCCCAGGAGGAACGGGACUUUGGCCCCGUGACCUGCUCUUCCUCCUCUACACUUUGAAAGCCAGAAUUGUGUGGGGAGAGACUCCCCCGCUCUCCAGACACCUUCUAAUGAAAUUUCACCUCAGGCUUGUGCUUGGCGUCUGGCUUAAGUGUGGAACAAGGAAGCCACCGAGUCAGCCCUCCUACAGUGUUCACCUCUAAAGUGGUGCUAACCAAGGUCCCAGCGUGCUUGGCUCCCUAGAACUUCUCUCCUUGAGGGGUGGAGGCACACAUCCGGCUCCGUCGUGAUCCCUGGCGGUGCUUAUGGAACCAAAUGUUGUACCGGGGAUUUGAACCAAGGGGUCAGCAGGAUGCAAGGCAAGUGCCUUAACUCUUGGACUGGCUCUCCAGUCCCUCAUUAAAACUCUUGAACUUGACCCUCCCGGGGCAGGGCUUGCUGGGAAAUGGGGUUCCCUCAACCUGCCUUAUCAUUGAGGGCCACACAGGCCCCUGUUCACACCUUUCAUUCUCAGCUGCUGGACAGGACCGUCUUUCUUGCCAGUGCUGACACAGUCACGCUGUAAGUCACAGACUCUUGCCUCAGUCUUCCUGGAGGCGGUGGACUAGUCCCUGUUCCGCCCUCAUGUCCUUAUGUCGUUCCCCAAUGGGGUUUUUUAUCUUCCUCAGGGUCAUAGGGCGGUCGAGGUCAGAGUUUGACUCGGAAACCAGCUUUCGAGUGGAGGAAAGUAACUUCUUUCUGAAAGUAAUUGAGGAAUGAUUUACAUUAGAUCCCACUUGGUAGGUUUUAAAAAAAAAAAAAAGAUUCCAAAGUAUUUUAAUUCUUUGCUGAACCAAGCCUCACAAAAGGUAUAUUAGU